CCCACGGAGCCUAUAUAAGGGCUGCAGACCAUUCUGAUUUCUCACUUUGCAUUUUGACUUGGGCUUCAUGCAAAAUCCAAUCUGUGGAAAGCAAACUCUUGGAGUUUUAAACCGCUGGAGAUAACCUACUGCAAACUGUUCAUUUGGAAAAACAAAAGAACGACAAACAACAACACAACUACUGAAUCACUAACUACUGUGGUCAAAGGAAGAGCUUGGUAAUGGCCUAUGCUCGUAUACCCGAGGAGCACCUGCAGGAGUUUCUGAGGGGAUGCGCCCAUGGGUUGCACAUGAUUGCAGGCCAUGUAGACAACUUCCUGCGUCCUGCAGAACCUGGUCUCCCUGAAGAGGAAGGUGAGUAUGAGGAAGGUGAGUAUAACAUUGGUCAUCGUUUUCCCCCUCUCAGAGAAGAUGACCAUCAACUUGAGGACACCGACGAGGAGGAGGAUGAUGUGGACACCGAUGAUGAGGACGAUUGGUCUGACUGGUCUGAAGAUUCUGGGUAUGGCUCCAUGUCUGAAGAGGACGAGGAUGCAGAGGAAGAGGAGCAAGAGCACGUUGACGAGGAUGUUGAAGAUUAUAGUGAUGAUGACAACAUCCUACGUCACUCCCCUCUCAACCAGCACUUCCCACCUCCAGAAUUUUGGCAGCAAAGUCUACCAGUGUGUCCUUCCUUUCCCACUUAUGCUCCAUUGUGGCUCUUCCCAUUUGGUGGUCCGCAGCAGGAGCUUCCUGUGCUGCAAGUAAGACAACCUGAAGAUGGUCCCUCAGCCUCUCAAAGGUCAGAAGAGUCUGCAUCUUCAACCUCAGGCCUGGGCUCCUCCACAAAGAGAAGCAGGGAAGAGAGCGACACCUUGCAGGUAAGUACGAAGAGGCUGAAGUGGAAUUAUGAGGGCAGUUCUUCUGUGCUGCAAGUAAGACAACCUGAAGAUGGUCCCUCAGCCUCUCAAAGGUCAGAAGAGUUACCACCCUCAACUUCAGGCCUCGGCCCCUACAUAUACAGGAGCAGGGAAGACACCUACGGGGAGUCUGCACACUCCUCCUCAGGCCUGAGCCCCUCCACAUACAGGAGAAGGGAAGACAGCUCCAGGGAGUCUGCACCCUCGACUUCAGGCCUCAGCUCCUCCACAAAGAGAAGCAGGGAAGGGAGCGACACCUUGCAGGUAAGUACGAAGAGGCUGAAGUGGAAUUGUGAGUACAGCCACAAUGAGUCACCGCCCUCGACUUCAGGCCUCAGCUCCUCCACAUACAGAAGAAGGGAAGACAGCUCCAGGGAGUCUGCACCCUCGACUUCAGGCCUCGGCCCAUCCACAUACAGGAGAAGGGACGACAGCUCCAGGGAGUCUGCACCCUCGACUUCAGGCCUCGGCCCCCCCACAUACAGAAGAAGGGAAGAUUGCUCCAGGGAGUCUGCACCCUCGACUUCAGGCCUCGGCCCCCCCACAUACAGAAGGGAUGACAGCUCCAGGGAGUCUGCACCCUCGACUUCAGGCCUCAGCUCCUCCACAAAGAGAAGCAGGGAAGAGAGCAACACCUUGCAGGUAAGUACGAAGAGGCUGAAGUGGAAUUGUGAGUACAGCCACGAUGAGUCCCCGCCCUCGACUUCAGGCCUCGGCCCCCCCACAUACAGAAGAAGGGAAGAAUGCUCCAGGGAGUCUGCACCCUCGACUUCAGGCCUUGGCCCCCCCACAUACAGAAGAAGGGAAGACAGCUCCAGGGAAUCUGCACACCCCUCCUCAGGCCUCGGCCCCCCCACAUACAGAAGAAGGGAAGACAGCUCCAGGGAGUCUGCACCCUCGACUUCAGGCCUCGGCCUCUCCCCAUUCAGGAGAUACUGGAUGGGUCCUUUUGAUUACAUGAAAGGAACUGAAGACAGCGACUCUGAUUAGGACAGAGUUUGGAACUGUUUGCUGCAAGAUUGGAAAAUCUUUGCGUCUGGCGGGGUAGAUAAAUCCCUUGGUAGCAUUUUGCACUAGUGCCUAUUUGUAUCUGGAAGCAGGAUUGUCCCUUUGUAAUCUUGAAGGCUGGCAAAGACUUAGGUAGCCUUCCCAUGUUUCUGGUGGGGUUGGCUAUGACUCUGGUCACUGGUUAUUUUCUCUUUUGAAUAAUAGUUUGCAUGAAUGGUAAUGUAUAUGACACCUAAAUUAAUUGCAUUUAUGUAGCACUUUCAUUCACACACUAGAUCAAGAUCAAGAUGAACUUUAUUGUCCCACAAGGUGGGAAAUUUGUCUUGGGCACUUAACCCAUGCUGCAGCCGUAUUAAAAAAUAAAGAUAAAAACAAACAAAAACAGACAACAUGUAUAACAAACAACAGAUACUUUACAAUACCAUACAACAAACCAUAACAUGGUCCUGAUGGUGUAUACAACACAACAUGGUGUCAAGCAGUGCUUUAGUUAAACAUUACUCCAAAAAUAAAAUAAUAACAAAACAAAUAAGUGCAGAGAUCACAAGCACAACAAUAACAAAUCCGCAAAUCACAUCGUCAGAAAGCUACCAUGCAAGGCACUGGCCUGACCAUUGGGAGCAAUGUGGGGUUCAGUGUUUUGCCCAAGGUAUCUUGCUUUUCUAUCACUUUUUAAACUAAGCUAUAGAUGCCUAUACCAGAGGUAAGUUAACAAUUAAUGACAGUAAUCUCAGAUGGCUGCCACCAUGCUUGACUGACCAUUUGGGCUUGAGACAAUCUGACAAAAAUCAACCCAAUCCUUGGAAAUAUCUUCCCUGAACUGCUAAUCUGGAGUAACACCAAUAUAUUGUAUCCUAUUGUCCAAAUAUAUUGGAUUUUAAUGAUUGGACCAGUGCAAAUACCAAGGCCGAAUACCAUCCUUUGAUUCCUAAGGCCUACUUCCUUGUACAACAAAGAGUGAAACCAUGCCACCCAAGGCUAUGAAAAGUGAUUAAGACUUUAAUCACCACUGCACAGGUACAUGACCUCCUUGAACAGCAGAAGACCUUUUACAAGGACUUACUCCAACAGCAGGAGAUUACCUACAAGAGCUUUGUUCAAAUGCCCAUGGACUCCUUCAGCAAGAGACCAGAGAUGGGGUCUCAAAGGAAAAAAAUGUGACCACAAAUAUACCCAAAUUCAAGUGGAUGACAAUCUUUUUUGACAACUUGUCAAUUCAAUGUAAAGAGCCGAACAAUGGCAUCUAUCUAUAAAUUCGAGGAAUCUCUGUGAGUGAGUGUCCC